AUUGGAGAAAAACUGGCCAACUGCAUGUUUUUGGAAACCUCAGGCAAUGGACACGAGGAAAAAAUCCACACAGAAAAGCGCUCAGUUGAGUACUUGCAGUGGGGCAACAGUGCUAUUCACUGCACCACCCCUAUAGUUAUUCCAGCACCCUGCAAUUUCCCCAGGACAAACUAACCCAUGCAUACACCAGCUCACUUCAUCUUGGAUAUGCAGUAAUUAUUAUUCGUGGUUUCAUUGCCAGCCUAUACAUUUGAGCUGCUGUAAAAGUGAACAUUAAAGACCACAUUUAUCUAUCUGACACUGUGGUCUUCAGGUUUUCACAGACUUUUCAUUUUGGUUCAAAGUCCAAGUUUUAGUGCAUUACAGAAAUUACAUUUGAGUCUUUUAAAAAGUAGUACAAUUCCUUAAAAAAUAUUUUAAACAAAAAAACAGAAGACCUAAAUGAAAGCCACAAAUGGCAUUUUUCAUCUCCUCCUUUUUUUGGAGAAGCAGGAAAUGAUAGUGCAUUCAGUCUUAGUGUUUGCAUAAAGCCAAUCACUCACAUAUCUGAGACAACCAGACCUACAGCUGAACAGGAUCUGCAACAUGGGACAAGGGGAGCCAGUGACGACGAACGAAUACAGUGACUAUUAUUUACAAAAUAGUGAGUUCACUGAACAGUGUAACAACUCCAGUGUUCGGGAGUUUGGCCGCAUCUUCCUCCCCACCCUCUACAGUCUGGUCUUCAUCGUGGGCCUCCUGGGAAACGGACUGGUGGCUUAUGUGCUGUUGGCGUACCAGAGGAAGACCAUGACCAUGACCGAUUUGUGUCUGCUUCAGUUGGCCGUGUCUGACCUGCUCUUCAUCAUUUCUCUGCCCUUCUGGUCCCACUAUGCGGCGGCAAGAAAUUGGCCCUUUGGGGAAUUCCUGUGCAAAACUGUGACUGGUCUGUACCUGCUGGGCUUCUAUGGCAGCAUCUUCUUCAUGGUGCUGAUGAGCAUGGAUCGCUACGUGGUCAUCGUCCAUGCUGUCACCACUGCCAGACACAGAUCCAUGCGUGUGGGUAUGGCCCUGUGUGGAGUGAUCUGGCUCAUCAGUUUCUGCGCGUCUCUCCCAACCUUCUUGUUCACACAAGUGAAAAAUGAGUCUGAUUCUUUCACCUGUAAGGUAGAGUUUCCAGAGGGCAGCUCAUGGAAGCAGUUCACAUAUUUUCAAAUGAACCUGUUAGGGUUAUUGCUUCCUCUCUGUAUUAUGAUGUACUGUUACUCCAGAAUAAUCCCCACUUUAGUCAACCUCAGAUCUGUCCAAAGGCACAAAGCCAUCAGACUAAUUUUAAUUAUCAUCAUUUUGUUCUUCCUCUUCUGGACUCCAUACAAUGUCACCAUAUUCCUGCGUGCUCUGCAUACCUUAGGCUACUUCAGUGAAUGUGAUUCCAUCAGGAAUUUAGAUUUUUCUCUGCAAUGUACUGAGGCUAUUGCAUUCACUCACUGCUGUUUGAAUCCAGUAAUCUAUGCUUUGGUGGGCCAGAAGUUUCAGCGAAUGGUCAUCAAGUUGCUUCAGAAAUGGCUGUCACUUUUCUCAUGUAAUUUCUAUAAUUCUUCUACUGCAGAGUUGUAUGAGAGAAGGGGUUCAACCUUCUCUAGAUCUUCUGAGAUGACCUCUGCUCGGUUUCUGUAAGUGUAAAUCUCAUAAAAAACAAAAAUGCCAAGUUACUCAAAAGUAUUGAUAUCAAAAUGACGCCAAGUUACGAUACUACAAACAAUAUAGGCUAUCUUGCCUCACAGAAAUUACAUAAGAUGUAUUUCAAAGCAAUGCUACCCAAUAUUUCCUCAAUUCCUUCAAGUCUACAAUAGCCUAUAUUGUUUGUAGUAUCGUAACUUGGCGUCAUUUUGAUAUCAAUACUUUUGAGUAACUUGGCAUUUUUGUACGUUGAAAACGUGUUUUUUAUGAGAUACCAUUUCUUUUUGCAAAGCGUUUUAUUAGGAGAGUGAGAAAUGCGAAGUGACCCUGUAAGAAACGGUUGCAGAUUAUGGCUAUCCUUGUGUGAAUUUGUACAGUCUGCUGAGCGUGUACUGUUUAGCAGUUUCGGUUUGCUAUAUAGGCCUAUGUAAAACAGUGGCUGUGACAAAGGGUGCGGUGGUGUAUAAGUGUAUAAACGCAUCAUAGCGCAGGUGAAAUAUGGUCAGUGUAUGUACUCACGGAUUUGACGGCCAUCCAACGAGCCUUGAUUGACAAAAGAAUCAGCAAGUCUGUAGAAUUACAGCUCCCUAGGUUGCAACUUGUGUAUCCUUCAGUCCUGCUCCGUUGUCUGUUAUUUCGUGGAGAUGCACAUUUAGUGAUUGUAAGGUUUAUAAGGCAUUUUGAUAGGCUUAUCUGCAGGUGGGAAUCCUCUUCGCUGUUUUGAUGAAAUGAUGAAAUUGCGUAGUUGAAACAAUAUGUUUUUAGCAGAAUGGGCAUGUAGGUGAAGGUUGACAUGAUCACAAAGUAUAAUGCGAAGUAAAUGGAGUGACCAUGAGCGAGCUUAUUUUCCUUAUCGAACGGUAUAUAUAACAGUCGCUAUAAAGUACUAGCUAUUAAAGUGGAUGUCUAAGUAACGUGUGAAAUCUAUUGCACCGACGUGUUUUUCUCAUGUUCAGUACUAGUAGUUAUAAUUAUGAGUGAAUCAUGAUUUUAAAUGUAAUGUUUUAUUGGAGUUGCAGGACUUACAUACGUAGUAAUUGUUUGUAUGUGGCUAGAUGGAGAACAGGGCGAGGUAACCUGAAUGUAGAAACGUGGCGUUUGCUGAUAAGAAGGUUUUGUACGGUAGCCAAGUGAAGAAAUAUAGUUAGUAGAAAUGGCACAGCGGUGAACUGGUGUAACUUUUUAAUAAAAUGAAUACAUUUGCCGUCAUGAAAUGCAUAUGGGUGGCCGUGAGUGAGUUUUGGUAAAGCAAAUAUAAUAUAAGCGUAAGAAAACGUUAUUAUCUGCCUGAGGGCGAGGCGAGAUUCAAGCCUUCAACCGGAGGUUUACCAGUCUGUGACUUUGUUAGGGCAGCACCAUGACAUAGCUAUGCAAUGCGUGGAAUAUCAUUAGCAAACCUGUCAGUUUAAAGAAGAACACAGGCCAGUAAGCACAGAAGAGCUCCCGUUGAAUCCAUAUGGCUUUGCAAUAUUGUAGCCAGUUAAUAAUUGAACGUGCAGACGGUACGUCAUAAUGCAGUGUAUACGUUCGGUGAAUGGCGGGUAGCAAAAGCAAGAAUUGAGAAGUAGUAGACAAUUAUUAGUGAGGGUAAAAGCAGGUUAAAGAAACAUGCUCCUAGCUGGGCUUGAACCUACAACCCUGUGUUCCCAAGACUGUAACCUUGCCCACUAAGCCACAGGCAGAUUAACUGUUUGUACUGAAAAUGUUUCAGAGUAAAAAGGUAUGGGCAUUUUGCGUGUGUAUGCGAGUUUUUGAUUGGCUCGUGUAGGUGAAGAUAUGGCUGGUGUCGGUAAAAUGUCCAAUGGGGAGACAUGUUAUUAGUGGGAUAGGCGGCAGGAAAAAUAAGAAUGAGAAGAAGAAGAAGAAGAAGAAGAAGGAGAAAACGCAAAAUCCCCUUAGUUUGGGGGAAGUUGUGUGAAGUUGUUUAUGAAAUCUGUCUGUUGAAAUGGGGUCAGAAUGUACAGAAUUUAAUUAAAGGGCUGAGUGUC